AUGGGAAUCAAAUGGCACCAAAGGCGAAAGUUGCUAACCUCGGCGUUUCACUUCAACAUUCUGAAGCAGUUCAGCCACACGAUCAUCGAGCAGACGGAGGGGCUGCUGGGCUUCGUGCAGGCCGAGCUCGGCAGCCCCAGGACCGACUUGGUGCCUAUCAUAACUAAGGCAACUCUUCGCAUUAUGUGCGAGACUUCCAUGGGUACGUCAUUACGUGAAGGUACAGAAUCAAAGAAAUACUUUUCAGCGCUCCAUACGAUUGGUUAUUGUAUAGUCAACCGAAUGAUCCGACCUUGGCUGUAUCCCGACGGAAUAUUUUACCUCUCUGCAUUUUGGAGAAUGGAAAAGUCUGCCUUGAAAUAUUUACAUAACUUUACAAACCAAGUUAUCCAAGAAAGGAAAUUUUGCAAAGCUACUAAUGAGAAAGUUAAUGACGGUUCGGAAGUGCAUGGUCAAAAAAAGAAACAAGCUUUUUUGGACUUGCUUCUUGUCAACGAAAGGGAUAACAAAAUAGACGAGAAUGGAAUAAGGGAAGAAGUGGACACGUUUAUGUUUGAGGGUCACGAUACAACUGCUAUGGCGCUUUGUUUUAUGAUUAUGAGGAUCGCCAACGAAUCAAUUGUCCAGAAUAGUAUUCUCGAGGAGCUGCAACGUAUAUUUGGCAACGAUAGUCAUCGACAAGUGACAUUUGAAGACCUGUGCGAGAUGAAGUACCUGGAGUGCUGCAUCAAGGAGUCCCUGCGCCUCUACCCCAGCGUGCCAUUUAUCGCUCGCCACAUUAAUGAAGACGUUACAUUGGGAGGCUAUAGAGUACCAGCUGGUACUAUUUGCCAGAUCAACGUGUUCGAUAUCCACCGAGAUGAAGCUGUUUACCCGGACCCUGAACGAUUUAUGCCGGAAAGGUUUUUAAAUGGAAAACGUCAUCCGUAUGCUUACAUACCAUUUAGCGCUGGACCAAGGAAUUGUAUAGGUAUGAAGUUCGCUAUGAUGGAGUUGAAAGUGGUGAUGUGCGGGCUGCUGCGGCGGUUCCGGCUGGAGCCAGUGACGCGGCCCGCGGAUGUGCGGUUCACCGGCGACCUGGUGCUGCGGGCCGCGCACCCGCUAUACGUCCGCUUCGUUAGUCGGGACUCCAGCUCCAGCGACUGCUGA